AUGUCUGACCCGGUACUGCUGGCAUCAACAAAGACACUCGCAAUCCCCGAGAUCCUGUGCCUGAUCUUUGACUGCAUGACUCUCUCCGCCCUCCGCCAGGCCUCCCUCGUCUGCAAGGAAUGGGAACGACUCGCUAACAUCAUCCUCGCCAACCAACUCGUCAUCCCCAACGACUGGUACAUCCACGAUCUGUCUCAUCUCUGGCCAUUCCUCGACCGUCGUGGAGAACAUGUCAAGGCCCUCUCGCUCGAACUCUCGCAGUCGACUCGACUUGUGCAGGAGGUCGACCUGGAACGGAUGGCUCGGCAGCUAGAGAGUAUCUUGUCCAGGACACCUAAUCUUGAACGACUCGAUGUCCAGGUGCCCAGGGAGGUCAAGAGCUCGAUUCUGACGACCGUGAUCGGGAGGUAUGGAAAGAGGUUGCAGCAGUUCGAGACGAACCUGUUGAAUUGGGAGCCUUCGGAUAUGGCGCAACUGUUGGAGGGCUGUUCACAGAUCCGACAUAUUUCAGGACACAACUUUACGGGCGAUCUCCUCCAGGCGAUCGCACGGACUCAACCGCUUCUCUCCAAGAUUGACUGUACCCACCCGCGCUUCGACGAUGAUGAGCUCAUUGCCUUCGCAAAGCAGUUCCCCAAUCUCCUCCGACUCUCGGUCUCAUUACACCAGUUCAUGACCUCCAAGGCCCUGAUCGGAGUCGCCGAUUAUUGUUUCCAGCUGGAGUACUUGAACUUUCAUUUCUGUCUAUCUCUGCAGUCGAAUGGGUUCCAGGCACUCCUAGCGGUCUUGCCCAAUUUGAGGUUCCUGGAUCUGGGAUUGACGGAGGUUCACGAUGCCGAUAUUAUUCUGGUCGCCAAUCGGUGCCCGCAGCUCGAGUCGCUCAAGUUGCCGUUUUGUGGGAAUUUGACGCAGAAGAGUAUCCGGGCGAUUGUGCAGAAUUGUACAAAACUUGUGCAUCUGGACUUGUCGUUCUGUGACAAGAUCAUGUUGACCAUCUUUGGCGAUCCAUCCACCUCGUCUGCUUUUUCCGCCUCUUCGUCGUCAACUUCAGCGUCAACACCUUUUUCGUCCUGGGGCUGCUUGGGCUUAGAAUACCUCGACAUUUCAGGAAUCCACGCCUCCUACUCUGCAGAUACCUCAGUCGCAUCAGCGCUCCUCCCCGCAAUGUAUCACCAAUUGGGUCUUCUGACCGAUCUCCGGACCCUCAAGUUAUCAGGACAUGGAUUCUCGCUACAGAUACUGGAACAAGGACGGACGGAACUCUCGAAAUUGACAAAGCUGGAACGGUUGGAUAUUGCUAAACUCAGGAAUCCUUUGCCGUGGGCGACGAUCAUCGAGAUUGGCAACUUGUUCCCCAGACUGACAGAGUUACAGUUCCGGUCGAAUGAUGUGAUCCCCCCGCAGGCGACCCUUGCGCAGGAGCAGGCGAUUGAGGAAGUCGAGGCCAAGGUUGGGCAUCGGAUCAAGCGUGGGAGGUUCGUGGAUCAGCAGCCGGAGCCUUUGUACCAGGACGACAAUGACGAUGGUGGUCAGGCAGGAUCGACGUAUUUGCCAGCAGUGAUAAUGGCAGAUUCAUGUGCGUCGUCGUCAAGAUCAGCGACCUCGUCUACCACAGGAACUUUAUCAAUACCUUCAGAACCAUCUCUGUCUAAGCGGAAGCGAUCCCGGUCACCCAGUCCGACUCCUACUACCCCUUCCGCCGCUGACGAAGAUACAAUUACUGCCGAGGGAUCAAGUGAACAGGACACGAAGAAGAAGAAGUGGACGUCGUUGGGGAAGGCAGUAGAGAAACAAAAGCAGCCGGAGGUCAUGUCGGCGACACUACGAUCAGGUCUCAAGAUCUCGUUCAAGCUCAAUGGGGAGGACGACGAAGAUUCGCAGGGUGGGCCGGGUGACUUUGAAUCUGGUGGUGGUGUUGUUGGGUGGGGGUUCCCUUGA